AUGUCUGUGUACUAUUCCUCGCAUUCCCCCUCGUUCGCCGACCACCCUACCGUCACACCGUCACUCGUUGCCCAUAUCCCCUUAUCUCUUAGACGGCGCCAGAAGAUGUAUGAGUCGCUGGAAGAACUUCUGAAGAUGCACCCCUGCUUCAACUGGAAGCACUUCAAGGACCGCUCAGAGAGCAUGUUCAAGUGGGCGAGUGAAUCCGACGACGUGGGUGGCGCCUCUUUUGGUGAAGGGCGCUCAGGCAGCGUGGCCACUACUCCCACCACGAAGGCUGAUCUUGCUAGGGCAAUCUUCUUUGGCACCUCAUCUGGUCCGUGUGCCCAGCGAGCACCUGCAGCUCAGCGGCCCCCGAUCUCAUUCUUCGCCGCUGCAUCGGCUGCGUUUGCUUUGGGUGGUCUGCUCGACAAGUCGGCGGAUGAACAGGCCGAGUCUCUCAGAUCUGAUCCUGUUAGGAACGGCAAGAUCAUCUCGAAGGACACCGCCAGUGCUCCGGCCGUACUCUUCGCGCUCUCGCAGCAAGCGUUGACGGUCUUCGAGAACUCAAAUACAUACGACCUCGACUAUCUUGUGGCUAUGAUCUUGCAAGUCUUGUACGUCUUACACGAGGGCAAAGCUCGCUUGGCGCACAAUCUACUCCCAGAUGUUGGCAAGAUGGUUAACGUCGCGCGAACAAUGGGUCUGGACUCAGAUCCUGAUGACUUCCCAGGCAAGUUCACGUUAUUUGAGGCCGAACUGCGCAGACGCGUCUGGUGGGAUAUCUAUUACUACGACUUAUUUAUAUCCGAUUACAUGGGCCGUGCUCCGCUUAUCAACGACCAUGAGUGUAGCACUAGGUUACCCAUGGACGUGGACGAAGAGUUGUUCAACCCCUCGUGUGGAGCUUUACCCCUCCCUCGCACAUCGCAGUCGGCUCUGGAGCCUAACGCGUCCGAUUUCAAGUAUUUCCGACUUAAGUGCAGGUACGUUUUCUAA